CAAAAAUGAAAACCUGAGGCUCCUGAGCGAGCAUUCAAAAUGGCGGAUGUCAAAGUCAAGUAUGACUUGGCAAUUUUUCUUUUUAAUUCUUUUGUAUUUUUUUCAUUUUCGACAACAGUUGCAAAGAAGAAUUUUGUUUCAAACAAAGAUGCUGAAGCUGUUGAUGAUAUUUCAAUUGCUAGUAAAAUGUAUGUAUCAACAAAUAUGAGCAAUGAAAAUGAAUUUUUUAAAUUGCGUCAAAAGUCCGCUACAAAGUUCACAAAACGUGCGUUUACUUAUUGGAAGAAGUCUGAGAAAGUAACGAACUUCAUCUCAAGAACAGAAUAUAUUUCUGAAUCAACAGUAAAUGUUUCUCAACCACAAAAUGAAAAGAAAAUUAACGCUAAAUUUCAUGGCAAUAUGUCUAUCAAUGUCACUGCAGUUAAGUCUGACUUAAAUAAAAAGACUUCUCAACCUUUUUGGGGUUGUGCAAAGUACAAUAUAUCGAGUCAAAUGGUGAUUGUUGUUAAAGAUAAGAUCAGUUUAAUUUGGUGGCUUGAGGAGAUGAAUAGAUCAAUGAGUUGUGCUAUUGUAUUGUUCUAUGCAAAAUGGUGCUACUUUUCAGCACAAUUUGCUCCAGUUUUUAAUGCUGUUGGAAGAGCAUUCUAUGGUAUUCCAAUUUUGGCAUUUGAUGCAUAUAAUCACAACAGUUUUAACACAAGAUAUGGUAUUGUUGGUGUUCCUACAAUAAUAUUGUUUCAAGAAGGUCGACCUGUGGCUAGAUUCAACCGUUCUAAAACUUUUCAAGAUCUUGUAGAGUUCAUUCAUGAAAAUACAGGAAUGGACUAUAACAGAUCAGUUAAAGUAGAUGAUAUUGACUACAAUGAAGGACCUUUGUCAAGUUCUCUUACAGAUGAAACAAACAUUUAUUUAUUGGUAUCUCUCUGUUUUCUUCUUUUUAUGGGCUUAUUAUUGUUGUGGCGUCUGCAAUAUUUGCAAUACAUGUUUGAAUAUUUGAAAUCUUUUUCACCAACACCAUCAAUUAUGUUGCAGACUGAGAGAGUGAAACAUGAUUAAAUUAAAUUAAAGUCUUUACAUUUAAUGUCUCGUCAUUGGUCUAAUUAAUAACUGAUUCAAAUGACAAUUAUCAAUAAUAUCUGUAAUAUUUAUGAUUCUUGACAAUAGAACACUGCUAGCUCAAAUUUUACAUCAGGCAAAUAUCAGAUAUUUUGUAAUAUAUACAUUAUAUUGACACUCUAUAUCGCAAACCAUCAAAUGUUUCAAAACAUUCCAAGCAGGUACUUAAUUAAUUCAACGUGGCGUGUUUUAAAAAAUUCUUCUCUUAGUUACAAGCAAAUGUAUGUGUUUGAUCAUGAAAUUAUUGAAAGUAGGAAAAAAAUGAUUAUUUGAAUGAAAAAGGUAGUAAACAUAUAAAUGAAUGGGCUAUUUUGGUUUAUCAAUUAAAUUUUAGAAUCACGUUUUAUUUGGCAUUAACGAAGUUUAAAUGCCGUUGAUUGAAACACGUGUUGAUUAAUAUCAUAUGAUCUUUUUGUCACCUGUUCUAUUUAAUUAACUACAUAAAAAGUGUUGUAUUAUGUUCUUUUGAAAUAUAUCAUCAAAUGUA